UUUGGCGUCUCAUCGGCAACAUGAAGUACCUCAUCCUUUUGGCUUUACUCGUUGUCUUCUACUUCAGUUUGAUUUCUAGUGCUCCCCAGGAAGAGCUGAGCGAGGAGAAUAACAGAAAACGAUACCUUUUCUACCCUACAGCAACCACUAAUUUAACUGGAUGGACAUACACAACAGUUCCUUUGGGAUUGGCGCUGUUUGGAAGCAAUCCAUACAUUAUUGGAUGAGAUUCUGUAAUUCUGCAAUAACCUGGAAAUAAUGCUCAAGUUUUAUUAAUGCAAUAAAUGAAAUUCCUAAUC